AUGGAACCCACUGAGGAAGCUAUUAUAAGCUUCAUUAACUUCACAAGUACUACACGCGAUCAAGCCAUCGCCUUCUUGAAGGCAAACAAUCUAGAUUCGCAAAAAGCCAUCAAUGCAUAUUUCGAAGAUCCCUCAGGACCGCAGCCACAGGCUACAGGAUAUUACAAUGAUAACAAAGGGUCUGCAUGGGACUUUGCCCAAGAUAAUGAGCCACCAUUACCACCAUUACCAGCGACAGCUCCGCCCUCCCGCCCUCCUUCCCGAAUAGAUAAACGCGACGCGGAACAAAAUACUAGAACGCAAGGCUCCGGGGCCAGCGCCUCGAAAGAAGGCUCAGGACAAGGCUUAAGCAUAGCAGAACGCGAGGAAAAGGAACUUCAACAAGCAGUCGCUAUGUCAUUGGGCUCGCGAAUGGGACAACAGGAAACCGGCGUGACGUCAAAUAGCCACUCGCAACUCAGCAAAGCAACCCGGGAUCACUACGAACAAGACGCUUGGGCGAUGACUUUAUUUAACUCAGAAGAAGUUAUCAAUAGCCCCGAGCCAGAAGACCGCAAGAGAGUAGAAGGCGAGCCCGCUUUCAUCCGCCCCAAUCCUGACGGCAUCUACCUAGGAGGUUUCUUGACAAUUCUCCAUAACAUCCCUCUCGCACGCGAAGCUCUUCUCCUGCGUAACAAGCCAUUAUUCGACUACGGUCACGAACCACAGUGGUGGAAUGGACAGGCGAUCAAUCUGCCGAAGAUCGUCACGGUGGAGGAUGGCACGGAUACGCACAGUGACUGGGAAGAUAUAAUCCACGAGACCCAGCGAUUGAUGUCUUUUAUGGAUUCCACAAAGCGCGCAUUCGGCAGCAGCGACAGUCUCACCAAGAUCAAGAGCAUGUCACCCAAGGCGACUGACUCCGAGGAUGUUGUUACUAGGUUUAUGGAAGCGUGGUAUGGUGCGGCUAUUAAGGCAGACCCCGACAACCCAUUGACGACCAUUUUCACGUCCCACGCAUUUAAAAAAGAACUCGGCGUAUAUGAUGAGCCUGAAGGCCAGGAACUCUUUGCUUUCGAGCCUCCCGUUGAGAAGGACCAUGACCAAACUCUCUAUGAAGUGUUGGAUGCGGUUUUGUGGGCUGAUAGGCCUGGACAAGAGCUCGACGACACAUGGAUUGAAAACUUAGCAGAGGUGCUGGUCAUCAAGCUCGAUGCAUUCCGCAAGCCAAACCCGGUGGACGUGGAAAUUCCAUCUGUGUUUUAUCCAGAUCGAUAUCUUAGCGGCUGCCGAGAGAUUGCUCGCGAGUUCCGCUUGAAACGACAGCAGAUUCAAGGGGAGGUUUUGAAACUUGAAAAGCUCUUGAAGGGCUACAACUACCCCGAGGGAUUCUGGAGUACCAUGUCAACCAAGGAACUUUUUGAGAAGGCAGCUGAAGCAGUGAUUUCAUUGGAGCCAGAAAAAGCGAGCGGUUCUGAGCCCAACCCAGAAGCCACGAAUGCAGAAACAUCCCGGAUUACCGAAGAACUGAAAGCAGUCGCUCACAAGAUAGACCUCAGACUCAAAGAACUGGAGCAACGAAAGCAGAGUGCCGUGAAUUCUCUCCGUGAGGUUUCCAAGACUCUUACAGAACCCCCCAAAUCACCUUCCGAGCCUCCAAUUUACAAGUACACACUGCGAGGCUUGUGCACCCAACCGCAUGUGACUUACGUUUUGUCGGACCCCAAUACAACCGCAGGGGACUUAAUGCAAAUGGAUAGCGAACCUCGCGACGACUACCAAUGGUGGCGUAUCAGCUUCUCGGCGGAAGAUGGAAAGACCCGACAAGCCGAGAAAAAACAGUCGCAGGGCACUACUGCAGCCACCCAGGGUGGCGACACUGUGGGCUACACUAUCCGGAAGGUGUCGGAGAUCGAUGUGCUCCGAGCAGCCCGUGAAGAGUGGGGAUCUGUCUUGCUCGUUUAUGCAAGCGAGAAUGCAAUGAAUGCACAAGUGGAUCCUGCACCCCCACAGCUCCAGAGCUUUGUGCAUAGAGACAACGAUGACUUUGGCACCGAACUUGAACAUACACCCACCAUCAUCAUUAGCGACCAAGAGGAUGCCUGGGCCUCGCCGAGCAUGGUCGAAACGAAACACAACGAACAGCCUCAGAUGUCUGAGAAGAGUGCACAGGUCAACGUAUUCGACUACGAAGUUACUGACUUUGACGAUGAAAAGAAUCCCAAUCAAGAGAUGCAGGAACGAGGAAGUGCGAGCCUCCGCGGCAAUGGCGGUGUUUACAACACCGCGGCACCCGAGGAACCCGAUGCUGACUCUCAAUGGAACCAUAUGGACGAGGAGGAUACCAACGCUCAUAUUGAGCAUGCAAAGUAG